AUGGACAUGGACCCUAGCAUCCCGGCCGCCUCGCCCGCCGACACAGGCCUGGCAGAACCUCAGGACGUCGAGAUGACGAAGAUAGUGUCUGCGCAGAGCGCCUACAACACCGGCCACCCGCGGAACAGACCUGUAAAGCGGGCCCCGUACCGACUAGGAGUUAGCUUUGCCGAUUUGGUCCACGGCGGGUUCCAGCCGCGCCUUCCGACUUCGCUGCCGCCCCCAGGGCAGCAGCAGCAGCCCUCGCCGCUACCACCCCGAGAGCCCGUCCCGUUGAUGCCUCCCGCGCAGCUUCAUACGGGAGCGCCCCGGGUGGUCGCUCCGGCGCCUGCGGUCCCUCUUCAGUCGCCACCGCCUUCGGAGCUGAUGGACGUCGACCCCUCAGCCGGGCCGCCUUCCCAAGCGGUGGCUGUGCAGCCUGUACUGCAGCCGCUUUCCUUGGGCACCCCCAAGGAGUCUGACACCGCAGCGCCUUGUCCGGCGCCCACUCAGCAGCCGUCGACGCAGCGUCAGGAAACGCUGCCUCUCUUCGUGGGUCCCGACGCCCCGUCGCGUCCAGUACCAGAAGCUGCGCCCGUGGUCACAGGCGUGCACCCUGACCUCGGUUUUCAGUCGGUGUUUCCCGAGGCCCAGCGCAGCCAAUGCUGGGGUGCGGACCGGGGACUGCCACCGACAACAGUCUCCGCCCCGCAACAGUCCUAG